AUGAAAAUUGGUGAGUUCUUGUUGACCAGUUUCAUUUUCAUUCUGUAUGGUAUCUCAAUGCAGUUGAUAUUUUUUUGUUCAGGUUUUUUAAUGAAAAUAGCAGAUGUUGAACAGUGCGCUUUUAAUUCAUGGUAUCACACUUUUGAAUCUUACACUCAAGAAAGUAUAUUUAUAAAUCUCCCAGAUGACCUUAUAGCUUCAUUGACAAAUGACGAAUUCAUUCUCCCUAAAAGUGCAAAACCAACAAACGGACAUCUGUCGGACCUAGACAACGACGGCAUUUGGUCAGACUAUUCCGAUACUGAUGAAAAGAACUCGGAGAGACCAGAAUUUCCUCAGUUCGAAUCUCAGUUGAAAAGUAUCAUCCGGAAGUUAGGUGGUGUUGUAUUUCCGAAGUUAAAUUGGAGCGCCCCAUCUGAUGCAUCUUGGAUGUCUUUCGAUGGGUCACUGAAGUGCAAAACGUUUUCCGAUAUUUACUUACUCCUUAAAUCUUCAGAUUUCGCAGCACAUGACUUGACUGCUCCUUUCGCUCUGUGUACAGAUACUCCAGCAGAGAAAAAUUGCUGUCUUUUCAAUUCCAAACCGAUUCUUGUUCUACGAAGGUGGUAUGACUUUCGUCCCGAGGAAGAAUUUCGAUGUUUCAUUAAAUCAAAAGUCCUUAUUGCAAUUUCCCAACGAAAAUGUGAUGCCUAUUUCAAAAUAAUUGAAGAACAGAUAGAAAACAUCAAAUACGACCUUGUGGAAUUCUUUAAUCGAAAAAUAAGAAAUCAUUUCAAAUCAGAAAACUAUACAGUUGACUUAUACAGAGAAUCAUCGGACGAUGGUAAAAUGCGUAUUCAAAUAAUUGAUUUCAAUGUAUUUGGUCCACCAACUGAAGCACUUUUAUUUCAGUGGUCGGAAUUGGAAAAUGAUGUACAUGAAAAUGAUACUAUUCCGUUAUUUCGCUACCAAAGUGACCAAAAUAUCCGUCCAAAUUCAGUGAAUCAAUACAGCGUGCCAAUCGAUUUGAUCGAUAUUGCUUCAGGAUCUGAUCCCGUUAAGGUGAUGGACUUCAUUCAAGCUAAAGUAGAAAGUCAGAAACAGUCGUGA